AUGGGUUGGAAAAGUUAUCUUCCGGGAACCAAAGAAUUUGAAGACAACUACGCCCCAGGCAAUUCUGGAUCUGAUACAGCAAAUGCUGGCCAUGGCGGCUCUUCGACAAUUGAAAUCCCCGGAAAUCGUAUGUCUCCAGAGGGUAUAACCGAGAAUGAACUCUUAGAAAAGGCUCCCGCGUAUGAGAGCACCUCUCAUAAUUUGGAUGAGGACGAAAAGGAAGCGCCAAGCAUUUCUAUAAAGAAGGCAGGUGAUGAAGAUCCUUAUGCUAGUUCCUUGAGCGAUUCGAGCUCCUCCCUUGCUGCAGGCGUAGCUCUCGAUAUCACCAGAGGUGACAUCGAUCAAGUUGUGGAGUUUGAGGGAAUGGAAGAAAAUCCACCGGCUAAUACUUUGAGAAUGUGGUUAAUGAGUAUUAUCCUCUCGAUGGUUAUUGCAGGUAUUGAUUCUUUCUUCGCGUUUAGAUUUCCUUCUAUUUCCAUUGGUCCUAUUGUAGCUCAGUUAAUUUCGUACCCAUGCGGUAUCAUUUGGGCUCGUAUUAUGCCCAAUUGGAAAUUCUCUAUUGGCAGUAAAUAUACGUUCGAACUGAACCCAGGUAACUUCUCACCACAAGAGCAAGCUCUAGUGUAUCUGUUCUGUAACACGGUUAUUGCAACUGGUCUCUUGAGAAAUACCCAAGUGGAACAAAUCAAAUUUUUCAAGGUUGAUGUUGGUAUUGGCAGAUUCAUUUUAUUCGACAUGGUUGGUUACCUAAUAGCAUGGGGUAUGGCGGGUCUAUCCAUUCCAAUGCUAGUGGAUCGUGAAGAAUUAAUUUGGCCAUCCGUGCUAAGUCCCUCGGCUUUGAUUAACGCUUUACACUCCGGUACUAAAGGUUCGAUUUCCGAUUUCAAAAAACCCAAAUUCAGCUUUUUCAUGAUUGCGUUUGCAGGCAGCUUUGUUUGGUACUGGUUUUCAGACCUCAUCUUCCCUUUUAUCGCUAGUUUAGGAGCAUUCCCAUCUUGGAUUAGACCAAAAAAUAAAGUUUUGGGACAAGUCUUUGGUGUUAAGAACGGGCUAGGAUUGUUACCAAUUUCUUUUGAUUGGCCAACGAUUUCUAACAUUAAUAACCCAUUAACUACACCAGUCUGGGCUGGUGUCAUGAUCUUUGCCAGCUUCUUCUUUUGGGCCUGGAUAGUGAUACCAGGUCUCUACUACCAAAACCACUGGGAAACCGCCCAUUUGCCUUUGAUGUCUAACAAAAUUUUUGACAAGAAUGGUCAAAGUUAUCAAGUCAAAAAUGUGGUCAACUCAAAAUGGGAAUUAGAUUUGGAUAAAUAUAAACAAUACUCUCCAGUUUACCUUCCAAUUGGGUUUUUGAUUCAAUUAGCAUUGGGUCUUGGUGGAUUUAGCUCUAUGAUGAUUUUCUUCUUCUGGAAAUUCAAGUCUGACGUCUGGGAUCCAUUCAAGCAACAUUCAACAAAGAAGACUGCUCAUUACAAGUCUGCAUACAACAAGUUUUUUGUGGCUGCCUUCAUUGGAUCAAUGGUAUUGGGCUUGGCUCUAGGGUUUGUUUUCGUUGAAGCCUGGAAUAGAGAUACUCAGAUCGAUUCUGGUGGAUUUAUCGUUUCUAUUAUUAUCGGUAUUGUUCUCUACUUGCCUGUUGCUCUGGUUGAAUCUAAAUCAUCAUUUACUUUGAACAUGAAUGGUUUCUUCAACGUGGUGGGUGCCUUUUGGUACAAGGGUAAGCCAAUGGCAACAUUGUACUUCUUGAAUUUCGGUUACUCUAUCUUCCAACAUGCAAUGCACUUCACGCAAGGUGCUAAGUUGGGUUAUUACAUGAAGACACCUCCUAGAUUAACCCUCUUUGUUCUUUUCGUUGCAGGUGUCUGGGCAUCAUUGGUUACUCCAAGUGUUACCGGUUACGUAUUGUACCAUGUGGGCAACGUUUGUACAUCUAAUGCGCAUAACAACAUGGUCUGCAGGAGUCAACAAACUGCAUUUAACACUCAAAUCAUUUGGGGGCUAUUCGGAUCUCAUCUUUUCAGCACUGGUGGUCGUUAUCAAUUUAUCAUGUAUUUUUUCCUAGUUGGUGCUGGUGUCGCUCUAAUUGUUAUUCUUAUGCAAUGGUGGAGACCAAGAUCUCGUGUCUGGUCACACGUUAGCCCAACAUUGCUGUUAUCAGGUGCUGAAGACAUGCCAACAUCCACCGGUCUUCAUUACGGUACUUGGUUCAUGUCAAUCCUGGUUUUCAAUUUCUUUAUCCACAGAAAGCGCCCUCAAUGGUGGAGAAAAUACAACUUAAUUCUUGCCAGUGCUCUUGACUGCGGUGUCGCCAUUGCAGCUAUCAUUGUCUAUUUCGCCGUCACAUACACUGGCGGUAGUUCGCAUUACAAAUGGUGGGCAACGGAAGUGACAUCCUCAAGUUGUGACAGCAAGGGAUGUCCAUACAAGUCAAGUAAGACUAUAAAAGUACCACAAGGCCUAUGGUGA